CUGUGCCAAUAACAUAUUCAAAUCCCUUAGCUCUUCUAUCAGUAUUUAUAACUUAUAUAGCUAUGGCUUUGAGAAGUUUUAAUGCCAUUGGUUUUGUUUGUGUGUGUGCUGUUCUAAUGUCCGUCAUUGUUUCUGGUCGCCCAGCGGCUUUUCUUGACGAGUUUAGGGUGACGUGGGCGGAUAGCCAUGUCAGGCAACUCGAUGGUGGGAAAGGAAUUCAACUUAUUCUCGAUCAAAGUUCUGGUUGUGGGUUUGCUUCUAAGCGUCAAUACUUGUUUGGAAAAGUGAGCAUGAAGAUAAAACUUGUCCCUGGAGACUCAGCAGGAACAGUGACUGCAUUUUACAUGAACUCAGACACAGACACAAUACGCGAUGAGUUAGACUUUGAGUUCUUAGGAAAUAGGAGUGGGCAGCCAUACACAGUUCAAACAAACGUCUAUGCUCAUGGAAAGGGCGAUAGAGAACAAAGGGUGAACCUUUGGUUUGACCCUGCAGCUGAUUUCCAUACUUAUUCAAUCACAUGGACGCAUUCACUAAUCAUAUUUGGUGUGGAUGAUAUCCCUAUAAGAGUAUACAAGAACCACGAAGCCAAAGGGAUCCCAUAUCCAAAGCUACAACCAAUGGGAAUAUAUUCAACGUUGUGGGAAGCCGAUGAUUGGGCCACAAGAGGUGGUUUGGAGAAGAUUGAUUGGAAGAAAGCCCCAUUCUAUGCAUAUUACAAGGACUUUGACAUUGAGGGCUGCCCUGUUCCAGGCCCUACAAACUGUCCUUCAAACCCUAACAAUUGGUGGGAAGCCCCAUCCUACCGGUCCCUCUCUCCUUUGCAAACUAGAAAUUAUAGAUGGGUUCGUAUAAACCACAUGAUUUAUGACUAUUGCACCGACAAAUCCCGCUACCCCGUCAGCCCCCCUGAGUGCGUCGCUGGCAUAUGAAGGUUUGAAGAAUGAUACUUACGCUUCAAUGGAAUCUUCCUACUAAUCUCCAUUGUUAAAUUAUAUUAAUUUAAUAGAUAUUUAUGUUUUCUUAUUCUAGGUUCAAAAUAUAUAAUGGUGGUUGAUACUUACGUUUGGUAGGUAUUAUUAAGAUUUGAAGCUGAAUUACUAUCCAAAACCCAUAUGUUUACUUUAAUUACGCUUCUCACCAAUACAUAUCUUUAUAUGUAUAAGCAUUUUUUUCUCAUUUUGUACUUGUAUUGUCUGCUUCGAUCAAUAAAAAAAAAGUUUAUCUCUGUGCCUUUCCUCA